AUGUCCAGUGAGGAUAUGCCGCCGAAUGCGCACACGGUUGGCGGCGGAAAAAAGAAGAGCAAGAAGGAGAAAAAUGGUGGCGGUGGUGUGACGACGAACGCGUCGAUGGCAAGUGCGAGUGGAGCACAGGCGGCUCCGCAAACGAUUCCGUCGCAAACCGUCGAGAAAGAGAACAAAGUGGUCGUAGAGGAUGUGGAAAUCGAUUUGAAGAACGAUCGAAGCACCGAGAGCCUAGGCGAUAGUUGUACGAAUAAUAAAGAGCACGAGAUUUGCGAAAAAACGAUCAAAGCGCCAAUUUUCGACGACACACCAAUUGCGCCACCGCGAAAAAAGAGUCACCAAAACGGCAAAAGUGCACCACCACCACCAAUGGCGCCGGUUUCGUGUAAACCAUCGCCAUUGCCAACGCGAGAAGGCGCGCCGCAACGCCAGCGAAACGCGUCGAUCUCCUACAAUCGCGGACAGGUUGUUCGACCGUCCGAUCCACCGAGCUCGACAAUUGUUGGCUCAAUGGCGGGAAUUGUUCAAGACGUGCUGCCGAAAACGCAUUCGCCGUCGAAUAGCGCGCCGCCCGUCGAAAAAGCCGAAUGGGUCCAAAUGAGCAGCAUCGAGAAAGCCGGAAAUCCGAGAGAACGACUCGACGUGUUGGUUGUUGGUCUGGCGAGAGGCUAUCAAAUUUGGACGUUGAAUCCGAAUGGCGAAUUUGAAGAAGUGCUUUCUGAAAGGCAGGGGCCCGUGCGUGUCUGCAAAAUUCUGCCGAAUAAUGUGAACGUUGGGCAUGUGAGAGAUCCAUUCGCCGCUCAGCGACCACUGAUGGCGUUGGUCGAUGCUUCUUCGCAUGUGCCCGAUCGGCAAUAUUGCUCGGUUCAGCUACUUUCGUUGGCGACUGGAAAAGAAGUGCAUCGAUUGACAUUUGAUGAGCCGAUCACGGCGAUUAAUGUGUCUGAACAAUAUUUGAUCGUUUCGCUUCUGAAUCGCGUGUACGCCUAUGAAGUCGUCAGUUUCGCCGAAGUGCGCCAUCUGAAGACGGCGGCGCCAUUGGAGAGCAGUCCACCGGCGGUGGCGCUCAGCGGCCAAAUGCUCGCUUAUCACGAUUCGUGUCUGAAUCCCGACAUUCAGAGCAGCGGCGGUUUGGCGCCGGACGUUGAAGCGAACACCAGCGAGAAGUACGCCGAUCAAAUGAUGAAUAUGUUCUCGAGGACAUUCAAAUCGAUUGGCGAUUCGGUUGGCGCAACAACAUCGGCGUUGAGUAGUAAGAAUGGAAUUGCGCACGGGAUUGUCACGAUUGUUGAUUUGGCGACUCAAGCUGAAGAGUCAUCAGAUGGCGUUAUAUGCCAUUGGAUAGCGCACGAGGACGCGAUUUCGCACAUCGCCUUCUCGCCGGAUCAACGACUCGUCGUCACCGGCGAUUCGACGGCCAACGUCUUCAACGUGUUUCUGAUUCUGCCGCAUCCGUCGUCAUCGACGCUAGCCGCCGUUCAGCACCUCUACAAGCUUCAUCGCGGCAACACGCCGGCGAAAGUGACGGGAAUCGCGUUCGCGAACGAUUGCCGCUGGCUGGCGGUGAGCACGAAUCACGGCACGUGCCAUUUGUUUGCGGUGUGCCCGUUUGGCGGCAAACCGUCGCACCGAACGCAUGGCGAGAUGUUUGUCAACAAAGAAUCGCGUUUCCAUCGUUCCGCCGGUCUGUCGGACACCGCCGACGUGACGGCCUCGUUGGGUCCGAGCAAAGCGCGCGCGAUAAAUGUGCACGCGAGCCACACGAAAGAGCAUCCGGUGGCGCAAAUGAGUAAGCCGUUGGCGAAAACCAACGGCAAUUCGCGUGUGGGACCAUUUCCGCCGCCGUUGUGCCUCAACGCCGUCAAAAAGAUCAAAGAUCAAAGGUAUUCGGCCGAUAAUCUCACCGCGUGGGCGACCGAUAUGACGACGCUUCCUCUGGGGACCACCGGAAAUGGUAAGUUGGUUUCGCCGACGCGACGGCGAAUCGAGACGCCGAAAAUCACGGUGAGAUUCGCGUCGAAGCCCACAAAAAAUUCGACGUCGACACCGCCGAUGAGUUUGCUGGUGUGUCGCGUUGACGCGAACGCCGGCGGCGUUGUCGUGUGCGAGUAUGAGCUUCGGCCGAGGGCGGGCGCCGUCGAAACGGAGCCGCCGAAGCUCAACGUGACGCCGAAAGGAUUGUGGGCGUUGCAGCGGACGAAGAACAACGCCGACAUGCAUCCGCCGAUGCCGCAAGGCUCGCCGCUGAUCAAACUGUCGGCGAUAGUGGCGAAUCAAGAGAAUGGCGGCGGUGGUGGUGGUGGCUUGCGACGCGGCGAGGAGAUGUGGGCGCCGCACGUCGAGACGAGAACGUUUCAGCCGCCGACGAGAUGGCUCUGGCAGGGACCACAAUUUGAGUUUUACGAGUAUAAAGAGGAGGACAGUGCUGUUUUGAUGAGCCCGAACGAGAAUCGCGAGAAUCGCAGCUCGGUGUCGUCAUUCAAAUCGAUUCCGGUGGUGAUCGGCGGCGAUUCGGCGAAUGUUGUUCCAUCGGAUGCCACGCGAAUCGAGUGCGGCAGCUACACGUCGACGAAUUCAUAUAUUUCAUCAUUGAAUGCCGAUGCGCAGGGAGACAUUGCGUCGAAAAUCGCUGAUGCGAUGCGUGAGAUCACCUGCGAUUCGCCGGAACCUCAACCGAAUGACCUCGAUUCGAUUGAGGAGUUCUAUGACACCCAUUCGCCAUCAACGGAGCGACGCGAUGGCGCGAAAUCGAGCAAAUCCGCCAAGAAGGCGCCAUUGUGUGCACCACCACCACCGCCACCACCAUCGGUGCCACCAAAAGGUGUGCGCCAAAAUGAUGAGAGCGAAGAUGAAGAUAUUCUCGAUGAUUUCGAGAUGGGCGACGAUGAUGAAGAGGAUUUGUAA